AUGGGUAGUCCUGGAUUUAUAGUACAAAUUGACAAAUCCCUGUUCCAGGGGAAACGUAUGUACAGUAGUGGACGCUUACGACUUGAAGACAAAGGCCCAGAAAAUGAUGAAAACAAAGAUAUUGAUGUUGUAAGUGAAAACAUUGAGGAAAUCAUGUUCAAAGCCCAUAGAUAUUUAGAUUAUGUUGUCGCGUGUUGGUGUAGGUAUAUUGUAAUAAUAUCAUUGUGGUUGCAGGAAGCUACCCCUGCGGUGCAAGUGCAGUUGCAGCAACCAUUCUACCUGUAUGAUGAACGGACGCUUAUACCGUUCCCAAAGUCAGUUACCAUCUUGCAUGGUGGUUACCGCAUGUCAAUCCCGGUUGGCAUGGUCGUAGCUCCAGUUCCAGUAGAUCUUCUCCGAGCAGGCCCAGUGUUCGUCACCACGUUGUACGCUAUACCCGCGGGCCCCGUGCCAGCGCCAUCACCAGUCAGAUUCGUUCCAUGGUCGUCUUAUCCUCUGAAUCCAACGGCGCUUCAGCCGUACUCGGCACCAGCGCCGUCCCAGUACUCGGCACCACCUCCGUCCCAGUACUCGGCACCACCUCCGUCCCAGUACUCGGCACCACCGCCGUCCCAGUACUCAACUGCCGAAUCGCCGUCCGCUCAGUACUCGCAACCGGCACCACCGUCACCCACUUACUACCAACACUCGGCAGGCACCACUGAUGGCGGAUACGUCGAAGAGUCCAACGAACCACCAGGCAAACUCUACUCACAGUUGGCGGCUGCUUCGUUCCAAAACUCCAAAGAAUCGCCAGUGCUGCACCAACUCAGAGAGGAGUCGGAAAAGAACCGCCACAAGUACGCACCGCCUUCGUAUAACAAUCAUUAUCAAACGGUGGACGCUGCGUAGACGUUGGACGGGUCAUCGCCACUAGACUUGUGGCCUAAGGGGCAGUGGACGGGUGCACGCUUUCCACGAGACAGUCGUGCUAAUUUUUUUUUUAUCAUUAAUAUUAUUAUCAUUAAUUAACAAAAACUAUUUUUCUAUCCCAUAUAAUAUAUUAUAUUUUAUAGGUUAAACUCUUAUAAGGAAAGACUAUUAUUCUUAUAAUAUUAUGUGUUAUGUAUAAUUUUUAUAAUAAAAAUAAAAACAAAACAAUUUUAUAUUAAAAUAUAAUUAGACCAAUAUAUUUUAUAACUAUAUAAUAUAAUAUCUACGAACAACUAAUACAAUUUGUUUUAGUACCCAUAUAUGAGAAAGAAAUAAUAGUUUACAACGAUUUACUCUGUUAGGUAUUAUUACAAUAUUAAUUAUUAGCUCUUUUAGUUACUACUUAAAAAAUAGAAACUAUCAACCUACGACAUUUCGAAAUGGAUUAGGUAUAAUAAGUAUUAUGCAUUUAUACGUUCAACUUGUUAACUAGUCCUCAUACAAAACAUUUUAUAUUAUUUUUGCAAUAACUAUUGUACUUAUAUUAAGCUUAUAAGAUAAUCACAUAAAAUCUAAAUAUAAUAUUAUGUUUAUUAUUAAGAAACUUAAGUUGGAUAAACGAAGACUUUGACUUGAAAAUAGUUGAGUCUCACCAAUGAUAUUAUUUAUAAUUUAUAAUUUUUCUUUAUGUUCAGAAUUAAAUAAUAAUUAUAUUAUAAUUUAUCAAAACAA